UAAUUUAUUAGGCAUUUUCGCUGCAAAUGCAGUCAGUACUUGGCUGUUAAGAAAAAAGCAACGCUGAAACUUACUGAAUAACGCAGCGACAUGAGCGAGCGUUGACCGAGAACAGUAAACGGCAGUGGAGAAAGAAAAGGAAAACAAGGAAGCAAGCACCUGGUCCAAAAACAAUAAUAGAAAAGACAAGGGCAAAUCAUGGUGCAAGACGAAGGUGUACGUGCAAUAUUUUUUCUAUAGAAUAUAUCCUUGGAAGUAUACUGUAUACACUUUACUCAUCAUCACCGACAUCUCACAACACAGUACUUCCAUGGGAAAAUUGUUAUUUCAAUCGAUAUGCUGCUGCUGCUGAUUGUUAAGAUUUUUGAAAAAUUGCCAGCAACACAAGGAAGGAGAUUUCAAUAAUCAUACCAAAAUUUCAGGAUAAUGUAGUUAUUUCAUAGGAACAUAGUGCCAAUUAAUACAGUCACACAGAAAAUAGAACAAACAAAUACGAUAGACGACCACAUAGAUUUCCAGGAAUUAUAAUUAUUCACACAAAACUUAGGUAUCCACAACUCAAACCACCAAGAAGCUACAAUAUAAAAUAGUAGUACCUCCCACAAACCAGAACAUCAGUGCAACAACAUUCGAACAAACGUCAUUAAGCAGCAUUUUAUCAUCAUCAUAUGACUCUAACGUCGACAAAGACGACCUCCCUCACAGCACAUCCAGCGUUUCUUAAUUAGACUUGUAAAAAGAGUUACUGCCACUGUGUACUCUAUCGGAACCAAAGCAGAAGGAAGACAUUACUUUUUAGAACACACACACACACAUACAUUUAUAUUUUACUGUAAUUUAGGCAUCAAAAUUGGCGAAAGAAUUGGCUAGCGAAACUGGCUUCACUAUAAAGACGAAAUAAAAGUCAUAUUUGAUAAGUUUUCCCGCUAUGGGAAACUGCCUGCAAUGCUUCCAAUCGACAUCAGAGCAUCCGUCAACAACAUUGGGUAGUGGUGCAGCUACCUCAUCAUCAGUACACUCUGGCUGCCAUUCCACACACAUAGGUGAGGGUCGCUAUAAUGCAGCGACGACAACAUUAAACGCCAAUGAUUGUCAUCAUACGCAACUGCAGAAUCAUUUUCACACAACAGUGAGAAGUACUUUCUCCAAAGAAAGAUCUCAUGAAACUGAUGAGCUGCUCUCUACAAGAAGUCCACUCAAACCAGCAAACCAUUGUGAUACAAAACGCAGUAGUUUUAAGAAAUCAUUUGCACUACUUAAUGGUAACGCAUCAACCAUGUGCGACAUUAUAACAACGGUUAAAGAAACCUCUGAAGUGUCCGAUAAUACUUUGAACAAAUUAUUUGAAGAAUAUAAAGAGCCAGACGAGGACAUGAUAUUGGCCGAGGGUAUUGAACGUUUAUGUUGUGAUCUCAAUUAUCAACCAGAUGAAUUUGCCAUCUUGGUGCUUGCCUGGUGCUUAGAUGCUUCACAAAUGUGUCGCUUUACUCGUAGUGAAUUUAUAGAAGGUUUACAUAAAAUGCGAGCCGAUACUAUAGAAACCAUACACAUAAGACUGGAGCAGACAAUCGAAACAUUAAAAGUCGAUUCCGAAAUGUUUAAGCAGUUAUAUCGCUUUACAUUUAGGUUUGGCCUUGAACCCGAUCAACGGAUAUUAUCAUUAGACAUGGCCAUCUCAUUGUGGAAAUUAGUCUUUACUGUCCAUACCCCAGAAAUAUUAGGCAAAUGGAUACAUUUUCUAGAACAACAUCCUAGUAUAAGGGGCAUUCCGAAGGACACCUGGAAUAUGUUCUUGAAUUUUUCGGAGCAGUGUGAUAUUAACAAUUAUGAUGACACCGAAGCUUGGCCAAGUCUAUUCGACGAUUUUGUGGACUAUGAAAAAUCGCGCCUCGAAAACGGUGACGAUGACAACAACAAUGACGAUCCUCUACAACAAAAACAAAUGCAUGAUAAUUCAAGCUCAAUGAAUGUAUUAUAGUAUUAAGAUAAUGAAUUUUUUAGUACGAUCAAAACACACACCCACACCCACACACACACACACACAUACAAACUAAUUUAAUACUAGCCCCCGCCAUCCCUUUUGCUGCGGGUUUAAGUUAAUGUUAAAUGUGUAAAAUUGUAUAAUAUUCCUUUAGAACUCCCCAAACGGUAUCCCCUACUCCCAAAGGUAAAAAACAAAUAUUUCUCGUUAUGUUCGUUCGUUCGUUUUUAACAUUCCCAUUCCCCAUGUUCUGCAAAAACACCCACACACCCAUACAAACUCAUAUCUGUGAGCUCGCUUCUUUGGUGCUGGUUACCUUGUCAAAAAAGAACGAUCUCAUAGAGUUUUCGACAUUUAUUUUAGUUGAUUGAUACUGAUUUUAAACACAAAUACAAAUACAAAAUUGUACAUACAAGAUUUCCAUAAAAGCAUUGUACUCAUAAUGACGUAAAUAAAAAUACUGCAAUUAUGUAUUUAUUUCAUAAUGAUUAUUAAAUUAGAUUAAUUCACUUUAGCAUCGAUACUUUAGUUGUAAGAUAUGCUGUGUCCCAGAUUUUAUAGGAAUUUGUUCUUAGCACUCACACUCAUGUAUUCAACUCCUACAACUGAAAUCUGUACAACAACAUCCCCCUCGGGAUUGCCAAAAGUACACAAAGAAGAUAAGUCAUGCAGAGACUUAACCUAUUUUAGAAUUAAGGUGUCGAUCGAAAACCAUUUAUUGUCAUAUUCAUGAUGGAUUUGCAUUACAUUUUACAUAGAAAUAAUGCAUACAUACAUACAUAUACAUUAAAACAAAAGAAAAAUCAGAAACAGCAUUAAACCGUAUUUGUGUAAUUUCUUGAUGACAUUUAGAUGUCGGCAUGUAUUCUCGAGUUAUGAACUGUCCUCUAACACCACAUUUAGUAUGAUUUGCACAGAGCUAGCGAUUGGCACAAAUUUAUAGUUAGAAACGUUACCCAAAUCACCCGAAUACAUUUCUACAGUGAACAGUGAAGAUCACUCAUCAAUAUUUGGUUUUCUUCCGCUUCUCUAUAUUUUUAUUUCUUUCAUUUUGCCUACAAAUCUGCAUAUUUCGCAUCAAACCUAAAUUGCCAUACUAAGUAUGAAAGAAUAAUUUGCACAAAAUUCUGUGUAUAUUUAACUGAUCGAAUAAAAUACUUCACUAUGAUUUAAAACUUUAA